UCAACAUUAACCAUAGGUUAUAUUUAUGAAAUUUAUCUUUGAUUGAUAGGGAGUUGAACCUGCAACCAAACCCUCAUUAUUUGCCAUUUGCAUCGCUCUGCCAAAACAAAACCAAAUUGCCGAGAAAAAAUUUUCCGAGUAGAAGGAAGAAAUGGCGUUGGUUACCAAGGUUUUGUUAUCAGUAGCUAGAAGAGGUUUAAGCACUCAAAUGGUGCUACUCCCUUUUAAAUCUCAACGUUUGUUCAGUGACGAGCCAUCAUCGUCUUCCAAUCAUCUUCUCAAGAAGCUGCUUCAGGUGCCCCGCUCAUCAAUCAAGACUACCCUUAAUUCACAUGACCGAUUUGCCCUAAAAAAUUCUGAAUUUUCCUGGGAUGCCCUCGUCGCCGGUCUCCCAUCUUUGUCAUCCGAGAAGGCUCAGCUGGUAUUGGAAUGGAAAUUAGAGAAAAUGUUGAAGGAAAAUGAGAGAGAUUAUGAUCAAUAUUUGAAUUUGAUGUCUCUUUGUGCAAAGAUUCGAAAUGUUUCACUUGUGAUGCAUGUGUUCACUUCAAUGGAGGUUCAUGGAAUUAAACCCACGACUUCUGUUUUCAAUUCCCUUAUACAUGCUUGCUUGUCCUCGAAUGACCUGAUAACAGCAUUCAGCUUAUUUGAGAUAAUGGAGAGUUCGGAGGGCUAUAAACCAAAUGCUGAGACUUAUGAAACUUUCAUAAUUGGGUUUUCAAGUUUGGGAAAUGCUGUUGCCAUGAAAAGUUGGUAUUCAGCAAAAAAAGCUGCAGGUUAUUGUGCUACGCUUCAAACAUAUGAAUCUCUCAUUUCUGGUUGUAUUAAAUCUAGAGACUUCGAUGGUGCUGACAAAUUCUAUGAGGAAAUAAUGUUGACAGGUAUAAUGCCUAGUGAGUCCAUAUUGGAGAAUAUGCUGGAAGGGUUUUGUAGGCGGAGAAGGUUUGGUCAAGUUAAAGAGUUCUUGAAAUCUUUUUUGGAAGUUGGGCAGGAAAUUAGUGUAAAGAUGGCCGAGAAGAUUGUGGGUUUGUAUUCUAAACAUGGGAAGGUUGAUGAAAUGGAGGAGCUACUUUCAACUGUAGUGGAGUCCGGUCAAGUUGCUGCAGUAUUGUCACAGGUAAACUCUGGGAUUAUAAGGAUGUAUGCCGCAUUAAAUAGAUUGGAUGAUGUGGAAUACUCUGUGGGUAGGAUGUCGAAACAAGGGUUGUCAUUCAGAUGCACUGAUGAUGUUGAGAGGGUUAUUUGCUGUUACUUCAGGGAAGAAGCUUAUGAUAGGCUAGAUUUAUUUUUGGAACAUAUUAAGGGUUCUCAUAAGCUCACGAAAUCAACUUAUGAUUUGUUGGUUGCAGGGUUUCGAAGAGCUGGGCUUUCUCAGAGAUUAGAUUCAGUGAUAAAGGACAUGGAAUUGGCUAGUGUUUUAUAGAAUCUAAGUUGGAAAAAAAGAUUGCCUCGUUUGAGCUUGUUUUAAGUAGUGAUUUAGGAUAUGCUUCCUGUACGUGGAAGCCUGUGUUGCCGAACAUGUUUUUCGGGACACUCCAAAUUAACCUGGCCUGACAUUUUCUGGAUUGGGGACUAUUUUAUGGUGGAGUUUGGAGCAUUGUUUGAAGUUCAAUUAAAGUCUUUUUCGCAAGCUGUAGAUCACGACAUGAAGAAGAGCUCAUCUGAAACCACAAAUAAAGAGUAGGCUUGAUGUCGAUACCAAGGAAAUUGGAGUCUCUUUUGUUCACAUCGAGCUUGUGGUAUUCAUGCUGAACAUUGUUGGGUGGAUGAUCUCCCCUUGUUCAUUUGAAACAAGUCUAUGCUUUAGAUUAAUUGAUAAUCAUUGCAUUGGACAUGUUUCCAAUUUCCAUGGAUGGGUUUUCUUUUAUUUUUUUGGGGGUAAAAACAUAGAUGAUGUCUGAUGCAUCGGUUUUUGCAAGAAGGCCUACAUUUUAUCUUGGAGUUGAAUUUUGGGAGUUGAUUGACAAAAAGAAUAUCAAGAUGCCAGGGUAAGCUAAGCCAUUACUACUCUACAUUCCCCUGUCUCAGCCAAAGUUUUUGAGCCAUGAGAUUAUAAAAAAUUUGCCAAUUUUGACACUUUAAGAGGAAACCAGUCUUGUGGAUGAUAAUAUAAUGAUUGAUGAUUUAUCAUUAUAAUUGUUGAGAUAGCAAGUAGUUUUCCUGCUUUAAUGAUUAAAAAUUAAGCAUUGAUCUGUCAAUUUCUUUUAUCUCUUUUAAAGUUCAUAAAUUUGUGACCUUGAUGAUUAUAAUACAAAGUUGU